UUGCGGCGGAGAGAUUCUCGCACGUGCCGCUGGAAUCCAGUCCAUGUUUCGAUUUGGACUUGAAGGCGGCGGAAUUCGCAGAAUACAUCAGGAAAGACCUCGGGGAAUUGGCCACGGCCGCCGCCCUAAAGCAGCCUUCGCAGCUCUUGGUGGCGGCGUGCGACGCUCUCGUUGACAAGUUGUCGUCUUCGACUGACUACAGACAGUCAGAGAUUUUCCUGCGUAUGGGCAUCCCCCACGCCUUGGAUGCCGAUAUCUCUCGGAUAUGGACGGCGUGUGCGACACCUGACGCGGCUGUGGCGAUCAGGCUGGCAAGCAACGAGUAUGGGACUUUUAUCACCAGAGCCGUGUUCUGGGUGGCUCACGCAACAGAGCCCUUGUCCAUUCCCGAGCUCGAUGCCAUUCUAGCAUUCGAAUGCACUCGGCGACCGGGCAAUCCUUGGCCAUCGACACACGGCAGCAUAGCCAACUUGCCUGAUAUUCUCCCCGGGGUCGUGCAGAUCUACAGCGGUCGGUUGGCGCUUUGUGGAGGCCUCCCCGCCCAGACGCUUGACGAGCUCUUCCGGACGACGCUCCAGGGCCAUUCGGUCGCCUGUCCCUCGGCUGAUACAUACAUCGCUCACGUGUGCCUCGAAUACUUGAUGAGCCACGUCUGGAAGCCUCCGAUGGCUCUCGAUCACAAACAGACAAUGGCGCGGUAUGCCGCUCGGCAUUGGCUUUGCCAUUAUCGACGCGCCGGCCCUUGCCCGCCGGAUGACCCCCUCUACUCGGCAUUUGCCAGUGACGACGCGAACGUCGACCGCUGGAUCGAUCUUUUGGAAUUCAUCCUGCCAGAAGCCGGUCGGCAAUAUGGCAAGGGCAAGGGCGAGGGAGGCGAGAAUAACCAGCGUCCUGACGGCAAGCAGCUUCGCGGUCGCCUUCACAUCGAUUCCUUCCGGAUGCUGGAGGUGUGUCAGUGGCUAUACCUCGGUCGGUCGUCCGAGGCGGUGCUGGACAGGCUACUCGUCAUAGCUUCCGAGCGGACCGACCGGGAGCUUCUCCUGGCCCUCUGCAUGGAUUUGGCGACGUUCGACAAACAGGCGGUGAUACGAGCCGUAGGGACUAUGCCCUGGGAGCUCGGCGAGGGCGUUAUGGCCAAAGCCGACGUGUUCGGGGAUCCGCAGGAAAAGGCCGACGCCUACUUGACGGCAGUGGCAUUGGGGAAUACCAAAGCGGCAGAUGGCAUUUUUGCCCAACUGGUGAGCCAGCCGCCUCCAAUGUGCUUCUCGAGAGCCCUCCAGAUUGCCUGCGAUUUUGACGAUGCGGCGGCGGCCGAGUCGAUCCUCGACGACGAGGGAGCCUGGGGCCCGAUGGUGAGGGAGGCGAACCUUAAGGACUCGGGCUGGACGGUUGUGCACUCGGCUGCACAGAGCGGCCAUGACAGCAUCGUCGCCCGGCUUGGCGAGCUCGACGUUCGCAUGGACACGCCAACCGCGGAAGCGGAAACGAGGCCGCUGCUCAUCGCCGUCUCGCACGGCUUCACGCAGCUGGUCCAUACCAUGUUAUCCUACACUGGCAAGGUCGACCGCAACCUCAACCUCCUCCCUGCUGAUGGGCCCGGCACCAGUCCUCUGCACGUCGCCUCGCGUUACGGCUUUUAUUCCCUCGUCCGCCUUCUGGUGUCAAACGGGGCUGACGCAGGCGCAAGGGACGCAAAUCUAGACCUUCCGCUUCACCUUUCACUCCGAAACGGCCACAGACGGACUUCUUCGUAUCUCUUGACCCAGCUUCGGGCCGCGCCUUCGAAUGUCGAGGACGGGGAGAUGCCUGUGGACAUUGUUAGUCCCGACAUCGGACACGGGGAUAUCGGUGUAUUUGACCGGCCACUGUCCCGGAGUUUCUUGGACGACUGGGGCGUGUACGCAGAGAUACAGGCGGGCGAUGAUGCGAUAUCCACAACCGGCGGCGCUGCCCGACGCGGCAGUGUAGCCGGAGCGGGACCCGGACCCGGACCCGGAGCGCCGGACGCGGCUAGUCUCGACAGCCCCGUCAACGCAGUCAACCGGGGCGGCAUGACGAUGCUCAUGGAAGCGGUCAAGCACGACCGACACGACGGCGCAUUUGUCCGUGCACUUGUGGACAAGGGUGCGCUCCUCUCCCUUUCCCCCGACGACAAGCCCACAGCGCUACAUCUGGCGGCGCAGAGAGGUUCGGUCAGCCUGGUGCGCUAUCUCGCCGACAAGGGGGCCAGCGUCGACGGAGCCUGCCUGAAGAACGGAUUUACGCCGCUGCACUACGCCUGCUACUGGGGUCGGGCCGAGGCGGCCGAGGAGCUCUUGGGUCGCGAUGCGAGUCUUAGCGCCACGGACAGCUCGGGUCGUACGCCGUUCGUGGCGGCCUGUCGCAGCGGCCAGGUGCACAUGGUGAAGCUGCUGCUUCUGCGUGCUGCCCCUGCCGGCGACGGUGAGCGUCAGAGAGCGACUGUCGAGGCGGUCCGGCAAUCCCGGACCAUGGUGGUCGAGCUCCUCCUGGACUCGGGCUGCGACGCCAACGCGCGGGACAUGCAGGGCUACUACAAAGACAGCCUGCUCCACAUCGCCGCGUCCAACGGCCACGCCGGGCUCCUCCAGUUGCUGCUGCUGCGGGGCGCUAGGCACGACGCCGUGGACACGAAGGGGGGCCCGCCGCUGUUCGACGCCAUCUGGAGCGACGUGGUCGAUUCGGCACGGAUGCUGCUCGAGGCCGGCGCGAACCCGGAUGCCGAGAGACAAACCGACGAGACGCCUCUGUCGAUAGCCAUCUCCAGCAAUAGGGCGCAGGUGGUGCGCAUGUUGCUGCAGAGAGGCGCCAAGCUGAGGCGCCCGCCAUCCUGGACCAUGUGCGAGAACAAUCUCGAGCUCGCGCUCGGGCAGUCGAGCACCAAGGUAGCCAUCGUCCUGGUCGAGGCCUACACCCGGAGCGCCAGUGCUGGUGGUGGUGGUGGUGGUGUCGCGCCCGACGGGUGUACGGCAGCCAAGGCCCUGAGGUUGGCUGUCAAGUACCACUGCUUGCCGCUGCUCCGACCCAUUCUGGACGAAUGGGGUGGCGCCAACGACCUUAUCGACCCAGACGACGACAACAACGACGGCAUCGACGGCGACGGCACAGCAUUGCAUUUUGCCGCCUCGAGGGGUGAACUCGAGGCGAUGGAGGUCAUCCUGGAGGCCAAGACCACCGACGCCAACAGGGUGGCGGGCCGACAUGGCACUGCACUUCAGGCCGCCGUCCUCGCCAAUGACAAGCAGCUCGAGAUGGUACGCAUGCUCCUUGAUCGCGGGGCCGACCCGCGCGUCGUCGGUGGCCCCCACGGCACCGCUCUCAACGCGGCCGCCUUCCGUCGUCUCCGAGACGUCGCCAGCCUUAUCAUCGAGCGGUGGCCGACAACGACAACAACCGGCUCCGCCGACGCCGACCGGUCCGCGCCGAGGAAGCACGGCACGCCAUUGCAGGCGGCCCUCAGAGGCCUCGUCCACAGGCCACAUGAGCGGGACGAGCCCAUCGACAGCCUCCUGGACAUCCUCUACAGGCACGACAGCUAUCUCGGGGCGUGCGAGGGUCCCUCACGCCGGUCGCUGCUGCACAUGGCCGCCCGGGCUCGAUGCCCAGCCGCGGUCGAGUGGCUCCUGGCCCACGGGCUCCCCGCAUCCACGGUCGACGCCGUGGGGCGGCGGCCCAUGCACAUCGCCAUCCACGCCGGCGACUGGGAGGUGACGCGGCUGCUGCAGAAGGGCGACACCCGCCUCCACACGUCCGACUACCAGGGCCGGGGCGGCCAGCACUACGCGGCCGUGUCCGAAUCGCCGCAGCUUGUAGAGGCCAUGUCCCCCAUCACCUUCUUCAAGAACAACGUGGGGCCGCCCGAAGACGCCGCCGCCCCACGCCCGGACCUGCUCCGCGAGGCCGUGAAAAGGCUGACCUCGAUCUACUUCACCGCGCCCGACGCCGACGGCUGGACGCCGCUGCACUGGGCCUGCCGGAAGCGCGACAACCUCGUCGUCAUCUCCUACCUGCUGGAAAACGGCGCCGACGUCAGGGCGAGGACCGAGUCCGGAUGGACCCCGCGCCACGUGGCCAUCUUCCACGACAACGGCGGCGACGAGACCCUCCGUCUACUCGGCAAAUCCGACACCGACACCGACACCAACGUCGACGACGACGACGACGACAGUGAUGAGGGAAGCGACUUACCCAAGGAGCCAGGCGCGGCGCACAGCGUCAGCUGCGAAGCCUGUUUCUGCCCUAUUUACGGUGAACGAUACCGCUGCACCAAGGAGGCAUGCGGUGACUUCAACCUGUGCUUCAAGUGCGCCAAACACGUCGACAGGAUCCAUCCCCGAGGGCACUUGAUAGUGUCGGAAGGCGAGUGGGUCGAGGUGACGCAAGGAGAAACGAAAUGAUAGAAAAGGGAAAAAAGAAUGUUUUUUUUCUCUCACUUGGGAUCUUGGCUCUUCUCCCCCAAAAGCCUUGUGGAGGCCCUUGCUAGCUUCCAUGGAAUGCAGACCUAGGCAGCAGCAGCAGCGUUUCUUCUCGCUAUGCUCGGGACUUUUCGGCGUUGGCACUUCUGGGAUGUUAAUCUAUCCGCGCUACCCAUGGGAGAAGAUAAUACCAUUCGCACCACGAACAUCCCGUGUUUUUAUAUAGGUACCGACGGGAGGCGGCCUGGCACGGCGGAAAUGGCGGGUUUGCACUACAUAAGCUAAAAUGCCAUGUUAAUAUAGUAGCAGAGGCUCUUAUUGUGUGAGCAGAGUAGCUGCACAUGCAAACUCUGAGCGUGACCGACCGAGGGACCGUCUUAUUCCCCUUCUCUCAAGACCGCUAUCGCCGGCCUCAUGCUCCUUAUGCCGCCC